GCAGCUGCUGGACGCUGAAGACCUGGUGCUCGCUUCCCUACAUCCCGCAGCCUCGUCCCGCGUGCUCCACUCCGCUCCCCUCCGCCGAUCCGCAGGUCCUCCGCCCGCCGGGCGUCAUGCAUCCCGCGCGCCCCGCGAUCUGGGCGGCUGCGCUCACCGCACUCACUCUGCUCCGCGGGCCGCCGGUGGCGCGGGCCGGCGCGGGCGCGGUGGGCGCGGGCCCCGUGGUGCGCUGCGAACCGUGCGACGCGCGUGCGCUGGCCCAGUGCGCGCCUCCGCCCACCGCGCCCGCGUGCACGGAGCUGGUGCGAGAACCCGGCUGCGGCUGCUGCUUGACUUGCGCGCUGCGAGAAGGGGACGCGUGCGGCGUCUACACCGAGCGCUGCGGCACCGGCCUCCGCUGCCAGCCGCGGCCCGCGGAGCAGUACCCUCUGAAGGCGCUGCUCAACGGCCGCGGGUUCUGUGCCAACGCCAGCGCCGCCGGCAGCCUGAGCGCCUACCUGCCCUCCCAACCCGCUCCAGGAAAUGCCAGCGAGUCUGAGGAGGACCACGGUGCUGGGAGUGUGGAAAGCCAGGCUGUCCCCAGCACACACCGAGUGACCGAUUCCAAGUUCCAUCCCCUCCAUGCAAAGAUAGAUGUCAUCAAAAAAGGCCAUGCCAGGGACAGCCAACGUUACAAAGUUGACUAUGAGUCACAGAGCACAGACACCCAGAACUUCUCCUCUGAGUCUAAGCGGGAGACAGAAUAUGGUCCCUGCCGCAGAGAAAUGGAAGACACACUGAAUCAUCUGAAGUUCCUCAAUGUGUUGAGUCCCAGAGGUGUCCACAUCCCAAACUGUGACAAGAAGGGGUUCUAUAAGAAGAAGCAGUGCCGCCCAUCCAAAGGCAGAAAGCGGGGCUUCUGCUGGUGUGUGGACAAGUACGGACAGCCCUUGCCUGGCUACGACACCAAGGGGAAAGAUGACGUGCACUGCCUCAGUGUGCAGAGCCAGUAGAUGCCGCUGAGCCACUUGACGUGGAGAACAAAUACGCCUUAUUUUGCACAAAGGACUGCCAACAACAUGAUCAGCAGCUGGCUACAGCCUUGAUUUUAUUUCUUUUUUUGUGGUGAACUGAUUAAAAAAAAAAACCAAAGUUUAGACAGA